AUGCGACCGGGGAAUUUGGCGCGUGCGGGUCUCGGCGUUCAAACCCCGGCGGACCUGUUCGGGGCUGCGCAAAUCGAUCUUAAUCGGGCCAGGCUGGAGGAGAGACGCAGUCCAGGGCACAACAUUUUCGAAGAAGAUAGUUUCUAUAGUUCCGCUGUCGACGUCGAGCCCAUUCGCACCCGAAUUCAUGCCUAUCUGACGCGGGAAAAACGGGACCUCUACAUUCCCAAUGCCUUCUUCUACGCCGACGGCUGCUUCUCCGCCACUCCGUCUGCCAUGCAAAUUAACGUUCAGAUCUUCAGUCCCUCUAACCUGUCGAGACACCCGGGCGACGUGUCCGACUUUGACGAAUAUUGCCGCCACUUGCCAGAACAACUCGUCCCGGGACGAGAGGCUGCUCUGGCUGCCCCCCUGCGUACCGAGCGAUCGCGUCCGACUUUCGCGUGGAUAGGGACGGGCAGCGGAGGUUUGCACCCCACGCGCCACUGUGGCCGCCACCCCACAAAGCUCUCCGAUAUCCGCUUCCGCAACCUCGUUGCCUACGUCGUUGCGCAUGAACUGGCCCACCAGUGGUUCGGCAACCUGGUCGCCAUGGGUUGGUGGGAUGAGCUUUGGCUCAACAAGGGUUUGCUACCAGGGCCGGCUGGCUGGCCACGGAUUAUCUGCGGCAUGGCUAUGGCAUUCCAGCUCGAUUCCAUCCAUGCCUCCCAUCCGAUCCACGUGCCUGUGCGUGACGCUCUGGGUGUCAACCAGAUCUUUGACAACAUUAGCUACCUCAAAGGCUGCAGCACGACCCGCAUGUUGGCCAGUCACCUCGGCGUCAAAAUUUUCCUUAAGGGCAUUGCCAUCUACCUUAAGAAGCAUGCUUACCAAAACGCCAAAACGGAGGCGCUGCGGGUGGCUCUUAGCGAGGCUUCGGGUACCGACUUCCAGGCUCUCAUGGCUCCAUGGAUCGAGAAGAUCGGCUACCCCGUCCUGAAAGUCUUUGAAAAGACCCGACGGCAGUAUCACAAACAGUCACGCUUCUUGUCGACCGGUGAUGUCGAGUCUGAGGGCGACACGACGACCUGCGAUUUCUACCAGCUGAACACCCAUACAACGGGCUUCUACCAGGUUAAUUACCCACCAGAGCGCUUCGCGCAGUUCGGUAAGCAGCUCGGCGGCGGACCUUGCCAUUUUGGGCUACAUAGGUACAUCGGCACUCCUCUCGUUCUUCAAGGGUUCAGUGCUGAAAGCGAGUAUCUGGUCCUGGCGCAGGCCCUGGAUGCCGUCGGCUCGCUGAAAUCCGUCUUUGGUGAUGACGACAUCCGCCAGGGACUUUGCGCCUUCACUCUGCGCUUGAUUGAGACCCGCUGGUCAAGGUCGGCUUUGACGUACCGGCCAACGAGCGGAUACGCAGCCAUCGCAAGAUAUGGGUUCGGAGGAUGGUCGGGAAAGCAAGGCGCCGGCGACGCGACGGCGAUGUGGCACCUGCGGCAAAACCGGACACAAUGCGCGUACAUAUCAGGAAAAACAGAAAUGUCUGAUGUAUACAGUUCUGAGCAGUUUGAAUGGAUUCCUGGCGUUCGUGGCUUGGAAUUGGUGUCGAUUGUCUGGAGGUCGCGGUUCUUCGUCCGACGUGCUGGUGAACCACGUUACAUCACUUUAUCGAAAUUAAAAUAUUUUAUGAUCAAAGCAGAUAGCCUCCUUUACUUGUCCUAUCAUCCGCGGUGUAAAUCCUUUACUUCGAGUGUCCCUAUGGCUACGGAAUUCCCAAAGUUUCCUAAACCUUCUGUACCCUGGAUAAGGAUAUCUACUGAAAGUCCCGACUGGCUUGCGAAGGCCCCGACUGCAGCCUGCCGGACGUUCCCGUCCUGGUGUUCAAGCCGCCCUGUUAUAGCUUCGAGGAUCCUUGGCGAUAAGCCUUUAAGCGGUUGUACCAUCCUAAGCGCGGCAAUUUGUAGGGGUGUCGAGACGCCGUCCUUCAGCCAGCUGGGUGUUAGUUUAAUGGCCGUUGCUGAUAUCUUUCGUAGCGCGAACAAGAUCUUCGCUUUAUUUCCAGAUCUCGUUUUGGUGGUUUUGGUCAAACUCGAUCACGUCGCUGCGGAGGCCGGCAAAGGCAAGGCAACAGGGGAGGCUGAGUUCCGUCGCCAUCCGCGAGGGGAUUUCCUGUAUCGGAAUCCGAACCAGGCCUUGAAGAAGCGAAUGAUCCUGGAGGAACGCUUCGAUCUCUACGGCGUGCUUGCCUGCAGCCAUCUUCACGUAGGAUGUUACUUGGUCCUGGUUGAAGCCGAUUGUUUCCAAUUCCAGGUCGACGCGCCUGAUACGGGUCAGGUUCAGCCCUGCAGGCCGGGAGGUGAUAAUGACGUGAGAUUGUUCCAGCAGGUCGUGAAGAAGACCUGA